UCUCUUUCCAUCUCCACGAUUUUCAAAAUGGUUUCGUCACAAGUCAUCAAAGCUUUGAAAGAGGCGCUACCGUCAGGCCAAUUCAUUCAGCGCGGAACUCACUCCUACGACAAACUGAACUCAUGGUACCUCUCCGAGUUGGAAUCCGAUCUUCAACCUGCCUACAUCUUCCAGCCCCGAACAAAGGAAGAGGUCGUUACUUUUGUACAGACCAUCAAGCCCUUCAUCGGUGAUGAGAAGUUCGCGAUCAGGGGUGCAGGAUGUCAACCGCUUCCCGGUUGCGCCAAUAUUCAAGAUGGCAUUACUUUGAAACUGAGUCAUCUGACUGGAAUCAGUAUCGAGGACGGUAUCGUACGGAUUGGAGCCGGUGAGCGCUGGGGUACGGUGUAUGAGAGGUUGGAUGUCGAAGGUCUCGGUGUAUGUGGAAGCCGAUCUGCAAAUGGAGGUAUUGGAGGGCUGGCAUUAGAAGGCGGGUUGUCAUUCUUCUCCAGCCGCGAGGGGUUUAUCUGUGACAACGUCCUUAACUACGAAGUCGUUUUGGCCUCUGGUGAUAUUGUCAACGCAAACGCGCAUGAGAACUCCGAUCUAUGGAUUGCUCUUCGAGGCGGUGGAAACAAUUUCGGAAUCGUCACUAGAUUCGACUUCAGGACUUUUAAAGAGGGAAACAUAUGGGGCGGCACUGUGUUCUAUUUUGCUCCAAGCUUUCCAAGCCAAAUCGAGGCUCUCGUUGGCGAUAGCCUUCAUGACCCGAAUGCCAGCACAGAUACUCAUCUUAUGCUUAGCAUCGGAUAUUCUGCAAUGUUUAGCGAGGAUAUCAUGUGCUUGAACCAGCCAUAUUACACCAAGGCAGUCGAAAAUCCUGCAGUACUCGAUCCCUUCACCAAGAUUCAACCACAAGUUGAUUCUCUGAAUACGAUGCGGUUACAUAGCUUGAGAGAAGCUUCUCAGGAACAGGCAGCAUCAGCCCAAAAGGGAGUGAGAUGCGCGUAUAUGAAUAUCACCGUCAAGGCUGAUGCAAACACGCUUCAAGCCGGAUCUGCCAUCUAUACAGCUGGGCUUGCGCCCAUCAAGACCGUCGAAAAUGGGCUAUUCUCAUUCACCUUGCAGCCAUACCCAAUCUCCUUACUAGAAAAGUCUGCAUCCGCAGGAGGAAACUUCCUAGGCCUCAAAUCUGCGGACGGUCCUCUCGUUUCGGUGCUCUUGAUGUCGUACUGGAAGAACAAGGCCGAUGAUGAGGCCGUGCUGGGAUUCAUGAAGACUGCCCUAGAGAAGAUUAAGCAAGAGGCUGCUUUGAGAGACAAACUUGUUUUUUACUUGUACAUGAACUAUGCUUUUAGCCACCAAGAUCCGAUUAGCUCUUACGGUGCUGUGAACAAGGCGAAAUUGCAAGAGAUAAGUAGUAAGUAUGAUCCAGAAGGCAUGUUUCAGAGAGGUUGUCCAGGAGGAUUCAAGCUUUUCCCUUGCAUGGGUGUUCAAGACGAGCAAGACAUGAUGGCAAAAAUUGUGUUGACAGUAGACAAACACUAG